AUGAUAAGACUAUAAGGAUGUGGGAAAUUACGACGGGUCGUUGUGUUAAAACUUGGGAUAUGAAUGAAAUUGUCCAAUCCGUGGCUUGGUGUCCAAACAAGGAUAUCUGUGCAUUUGCAGUUGCUGUUUCAAAUAAAGUUAUAAUAAUCUCGCCACCUGCCGUAUGCGACGAUGAAAUUGCAAAUUUGACAGCUCAAUAUGUUGCAUCUGGAUUUAGCAUUGAGAAAAAUGACAAACAAGUGAAAUUAGUGGAAUGGACUAAACCGCCAACGAAACAAGGAGAUGGAUUCCUUGUUAUCAAGCAAAUUACAUGGCAUCGAAAGGGUGAUUAUUUUUCGACUGUAACACCUGAUGCAACCAUUUGCAGGAGUAGGGGUCUAGUUCAGCGUGUGAUGUUCCACCCUAUAAAGUCCUUAUUCUUUGUUGCGACUCAAAGAUUUGUGCGCAUCUAUAAUUUGGUGAAACAAGAAUUAAUUAAAACAUUGCAGUCAGGCGUUAAAUGGAUUUCAAGCUUAGAUAUUCACUCAAUGGGUGAAAAUGUCAUCAUAGGAAGUUAUGAUAAACGGUUAUGUUGGUUUGAUUUGGACCUUUCAUCGAGGCCAUACAAAGCAUUACGUGACGACGGAACCAUCCAAAUAUUUCAUGGCAUGGUUUAUAAUGAUCUGCUUCAAAAUCCCUUGAUUGUUCCUGUAAGGAUAUUAAAGACAGAUCAUCAGGUAGUAGACAAUCUAGGUGUUUUACAUUACGAGUUUCAUCCUACUCAAUCAUGGAUAAUAUCCUCAGGUGCAGAUCAUUUAUUAAAACUAUGGACAGCCGGUGAAUAUGAA